CCACCCUCUUCUCUUUACACUUUACCAUCACCUUAAUUUCCCAUUCUUCAUUUUCCUAGAAUUUUGUGUCAUAAACAUUAUUUUUGCUAGCUUUUCUUGUCCGGACGAAGGAAGAUUGUGGGGGACAUUGAGGUGUAGUAUCAUUAUUUUGAUAUAAAAAAAUGGGAUCGGAUUCAGACAGAGAUCCCGACAUAGAAUCUGAGUCGGAGGGAAAGGUAAGCAGGCAACAUAGUCAAUCUUCAUGCCCUACCGAAGAUGAUGAUGAGUUGAACAUACAUUUGGGCCCAAAAGUUAGUCUCAAAGAACAUCUCGAGAAAGACAAGGAUGACGAGAGCUUAAGGAGGUGGAAGGAACAACUGAUUGGAAGUGUUGAUGCUAGUGCCGUUGAAGAGAAUCAAGAACAAGAUGUAAAAAUCUUGAGCCUAGCAAUCGCUACGUCGGGAAGGGCGGAUAUGUUGCUUCCCAUCCCGGAAGGGGAAAACCCUAAAGGGUUGUGGUUUACGCUCAAGGAAGGGAGCAUUUACCACCUCAAAUUCACCAUCAAAGUCAGCAACGACAUCGUUUGCGGUCUCAAAUAUACCAACACUGUUUGGAAGACUGGAAUUAAAGUUGAUAGCUCCAAAGAAAUGCUUGGAACCUUUAGUCCUCAAGCAGACCCUUACACACAUGAAAUGCCCGAAGAGACUACUCCUGCUGGCAUUUUUGCUAGAGGACAAUACACUGCUAGAUCUAAGUUUGUAGAUGAUGACAACAAGUGCUACUUGGACAUCAACUACACUUUUGACAUCCAGAAAGAUUGGGCCAAACAUUAACCUUUUGUCUGUGCCAACAAAUCAUCACUCCUCAUUAUUGGAAGCAAAUUUGUCUUCAUUUAUCUGAAUAUGUUUAGCUUUUACUAUUACUGGAUUGCACACAAGUGUGUGAGUAUUCGUCGUUAGUUACAUAUGUAUAGUUGAACAAUUACAA